AGUCAUUGUUGGUUGCAGUUCAGAGGAGCAGACAGUCAGAUGUGUGGAUGGAAUUAACGGUGAUAGGUGUAGCAUACAAAGUACUGCUAAAGAAUCAUUGGUGAUUGAAUUUGGAUUCAUUUGGAAAUUCGACAAAUAUGAAACAACAGGCUUUACUUUGCCUCUUGCUGCAGCUCGCUUUUGAGCUUUCUUCAGGGACAAAUCUUUGGGUGGUACCUGGUUCCAGUCUGGAGCUGCCAUGUUUCUCGUUUCAAACUGACUUCCCUGGAGCGGCCAUCACCUGGAAAUUCAAUGGUAAUGAGAUAAAUGCCAAUACUCCGAAUGGCUCGCCUAGAGUUAAACAGGGUGGCAGGUAUCUUUUUAUAUCUCCUGUUACUGCUGCCAACGAGGGCGAUUACUCAUGUUUGAUAAAGGACAACGAUAGGGAGAUGAUGACAACAUACAAAGUUAGAGUUGAUGCAUCCUUUAACUAUAGCAUCAAGGUUAUCAAAGGCUCCACUGCUCACCUCCCGUGCCAUUUCCAACCUGCCGGGGAAGUCAAAGCCAAUGCACUUUGGUUUAAAGAGACAGGUCUUGACAAUGAGCUGUUGAAUCCUGAAGGAGAUAACAGAGUGGAGCUGCUGUAUCCACUGGACCAUGAUCAGAGCAUCAUCAUCAGAGAUGUUGGCAUGGAGGAUGCUGGGGCUUACCUUUGUCGAUCUGCUGAGGGGGCAAAGCUGAGCUCUGUAAAUGUCAUUGUUGAAGUUGCUCCUACUGCUCCUCCUCACUCGUGCAUCGGCUUCACCACACCAUGGGAGCCCUGCCAGGACGAGAACAGUCGCACAGGGGAACCCAUGUUGCAGGAAUCCAUCACAGAGUUUUCCAUGAAGUUGUAUUCGUACCUCAGAGAAUCACAACCCUCCAGCAACCUGCUCUUCUCUCCUAUCAGUAUCAUCGGGGCACUGUCCCAUUUGUUGUUGGGUGCAAGGGGGGACACCCGUAAAGCCAUUGAGAGGGCUGUCUGUGUGCCACACGACUUCCACUGUGUCCACCUGCAGAUGAAGAAGCUGAGAGAGAAGUUGGCCGGCUCCUUGCAGAUGGCUUCUCAGAUUUACUAUAACCCAGAAAUCAAUCUGAACCAGUCCUUUAUUGACCAGUCCAUCCAGUUCUAUGAUGCAAAACCUGUCAUGCUACUGGAUACCAGCGAGAACAACACAGAGAUGAUCAACAGCUGGGUGGCAAAUAAAACCAACAAUAAAAUCCAGCAUUUGGUCGACUCAGUGUCACCGAGUACACAGCUGAUGCUGCUCAACGCUGUCUCCUUUACAGGUCAGUGGAAGGUCAAAUAUGAAAUGAAACCCAAGAAAGGCCUCUUCACAAAAUUGGAUGGUGAUCUGGUGAAUGUACAGCUCCUUUAUCACCCGAAAUACAUGGUGGCUAUGACGUAUGUAGUCCAGCUAAAGGCACAGGUGGCGAGGCUUGCUCUCACUGGUGACAGCAGUCUUUACAUCCUGCUGCCUAGCUCCAGAAAAGUGUCUGACCUGCAGCAGGUGGAAGAGAGUCUGACGGAUACAGCUGUGCGUCAAAUGAUACAGGAAUUACAAAAAACAACCCCUGAGCAUGUGGAGGUCACUCUGCCCAAAAUCGAGUUGGAUGUCCAGCCAGACAUGAACAUGCUCAUCAAGAAAUUGGGACUGUCAUCCCUCUUUGAGAGUUCCAACCUGUGUGGUCUCUACUCCGAAGAGAGGGUAGUUCUAGAUGAUGCCCGACACAGAGCCUUCCUCGCACUGAAUGAACAAGGAGUGGAGGCCGGGGCCGUCACCACCAUGUCGUUCUCUCGCUCCUUCCCGUCCUUCUCUGCCCUGCGGCCCUUCAUCAUGCUGUUGUGGAGUGACACGGCCAAUGUGCCUCUCUUUAUUGGCAGAGUGACCGAACCAUGACAAAGAGAAAAGGGGAGGUGGAGAUGUAACAGAUAGGGUAAAUAAAGGCCGUCUGGUAGAAUGGAAAUACAUUUAAUUAUUUUACUCUGCUUUGACAUCAAAUAAAUUCAGUACAGUAUCAGUUUUGCUAAAAGUAAAGUAAGUGACCCUCAAAAAAACAUAUAUAGGCCUGCAUGUGGUUUGUUUUAAAAGACAAUGAUGAAUAAACAUAUAUUAACACAUGG